AUGAUAGAAUUUCCUGUUAACAGUAAAAAUCCAUCUGUGAUUAUAACGUAUUUGCCGUCAAUACAACCUUUAGGUGGUAUUAGUAAUACAAGUCCAGAUACUUAUAGUCUUUCAGAGCCUGGCAUAGUUGUUUCAACUCCACAAUAUCCAUUAGAUAACAUUAUUAAUUAUAAUCACCAACAACAAAAACCACAGAAAAUCAAUGUUUCUUCACAAACUGUUCAAAACAAUUCUUCGUGCUAUAUUGAUAUCCUUAAAAAUGAUAAUAAUCAAUCAAAAUAUAAGGUUGGUCCUUACACAAUUAUUAAUGAGCAUUUAUUCACAACCAAAAAUAACAUUCGUAAGAAUGUAUACAUGCCAAGCAUUUCUACUAAUCACAACAGAAUAAAAUUAUGUUAUGACAAGAAUAUUCAUAAAAUGUGGCAGAAGUAUGAAAAUCAGCUGUAUAAAUUCAGUGAAGUUACAUCAUCAUUCUCCUUGUCAACGUCGCCAUCAUCACUAACAUCUUCACCAUCCGUAACUUUAUCCUCAUCACCGACAUCAUCGUCAUCUUCGUCAACAAUUAAUUCAUUGAAAAAUGAGCUUUUUACUGUUACAAUGAACAGAACAUUUAAAAAUGACUCAUCUGAUUAUGAUGAUAGUGAAGGUGACCAACGAGAUGAAGUCCAUCAAGAAAGAACUCAAAAUAAACACUCCACCGUUCCCAUUCGUCGUUUGCUCAGUAAAAAUAAAUAUCGUAUUAAAAAGGAUUUGACAAACGACAGUGAUAGUGUAUCUUAUCAGUCUCAACGCAAUAAAUAUGUCAGCAAAAUCAUAAAAAUAAUAUAUGGGAUUUUGCUGACCACUGUGGGGUUUCUGUUAGUGUGCAUACAGUCCAAUGGAAAGAAUUCAGAAUCAAUUUUUUUAGAAGUCUUCCUCAACUUUUUAUUAAUUGGACAACUUUUACAUUUUUUGAGCUUCUAUUUUACGAUUCGUGUAACCGACCAGUUAUUCACUCGGAGACGGAACCAUUUUAAGGCUUAUCAUAAGCGAAAAAAUCAGAUUGUGGACAAUGACAACAGCCAAGUAGAUAUCAAACAUCAAAGUAAGAAACUGCCAUCUCCUAAAAGACAAAUUUUAAUUUCUCGGCCUGAUAGUAUGCGGUAUCAUCAGCUUGUGACCAUCGGUAAUGCAAAAGACUUAAGGUCACAGUUUCAUAACGCUAAUCAAACGAAAAGAUUAACUACAUAUUUAAAAGGUAUGAAAAAUGUUCAAACCCAUUCCAGGAUAAUUUUACAAUGUGAAUACAUUUUUCUAGGAUUCUUUUGUGUUGGGAGCCUAAUAAGCAUCAUGUAUUAUGGAGACAGACUAAUUAAAUCAUCCACUACCGAUUGGGGUAUCUGGUACUCUUCAAAUCAUGCAAAUUUAAGAGAAAAUAAUAACAGCCAUUUUAUCAAUGAGAAUGUUGAUCAUCACCAUGUGGAUGAGGAAAAUAUCUAUUAG